UUUAAAUUUACAAUCUGGGAAACUGCGUGGAUAAAUCAGUCGUUUCUGUUGUCCAACAGAAACUUAGGUUGAAAUCGAUGAACCUUUAUUACCUUCCAACAUCACCACCAUGUCGUGCUGUUCUUUUAUUAGGCAGGAUUUUGGGACUAGAUUUUAAUCUUAGACUUACAAAUAUUCAAGAAGGGGAGCACAUGAAAAAGGAUUUCCUUGAACUUAAUCCAACUCACACCAUACCAACGUUGGAGGUGACAGAAAGUGGUUUAGUUUUGUGGGAAAGCAGAGUUAUUUUGACGUAUCUUGUAUCGUCAUUUGGAAAGAGCGAACACGAAAAUCUUUAUCCCGUCGAACUACAGAAACGUGCACUUGUUGAUUUACACCUUCAAUUUGAUCUCUCAACGUUAUAUCAACGGACGGUCGAUUAUUUCUUCCCUACAAUCUCUUUAGGUGCUCUACUUGAUGAAUCAAAGAAAGCUCGAUUAGUUGAAGCUUUGGGAUUUUUCGAAGCUCUUUUGAAGAAUAAAAAAUUCUCCACUGGUGAUGAUUUUACUCUCGCUGAUCUUUCUCUGUGUGUCACUGUGUCACAAAUUGAAGCAUUUAAUUUUGAUUUGUACCCUUUCCCAAAAAUAAGAAAAUGGUUAGCUGAAUGUAAAAAUGAAUUACAACCAUAUGGCUAUGCAGAAAUUAACGAAAGUGGAAAUAAAAAUCUAGCAUGGUUGUUUGACGCUAAGUUGAAAGCAGCCAAAUAAAUCAGACAAAUAUGUCAUGUGUGGGAGCGCUUACAUGCUUUUUAUGUUCCCUUUCUAUGCACUUAAAUAUUCUCUAACAUGAUGUAGAUUAGUUUUAUUAUUGCUGUAAGAGAAAAUAAUACUGUUUAAUGUGUGGAUUAUAUUUGGUAG